GGUUUACCAUAUAUUUGCGUAAUUGAUUAGAAACACAGGAAUUUCCAAGCCUCUGAAAAAGGAGCUCUGCGUCUUUAAGGCUCCGCAGGGCUCUCCUCUGCUCUCUACGCAGGCAGAGCAGACUCUGCCGCAGCGACUCAUCCUAUCGAUAAGGUUCAGUUAGCCAAGGUGGAGGAUGGGAAAAGAAUGGAACUGUCCCAGCUACUCAAUGAGAUCAGGGUAAACUAUGAAAAGCUCCUCACCAGAAAUCAGAUAGAGACCAUGCUCUCAACAAGGAUCCAGCUAGAAGAAGAUAUAAGCAAAAAAAUGGACAAAGAUGAAGAGGCUUUAAAGGCGGCUCAAGCAGAGCUCAAGGAAGCCCGACGUCAGUGGCACCACCUGCAAGUGGAAAUUGAAUCUCUCCACGCUGUGGAAAGGGGCCUGGAAAACUCCCUGCACGCCAGUGAGCAGCAUUACCAGAUGCAGCUGCAGGACCUAGAAGGUGUGAUUGAAGGACUAGAAAAAGAGCUACAGGAAGUAAGGCGUGGCAUCGAGAAGCAGCUUCAAGAGCAUGAGAUGCUGCUUAAUACGAAGAUGAGGCUCGAACAAGAAAUAGCCACUUACCGACGCCUCCUGGAAAAGGAGGAAAUCAGAUACUACGGUUCUAUCCAAGGUGGGAAAAAAGACCCAAAACCUACCACAAGUAGAGUUGGUUUUGUUUUACCUUCAGCCAUUAUAAAUGAAAUAUCUUUUUCAACAAAAGUCCCACAAAAGUGUGAGAAUGAAAAAGUGGAGACAAUAACCAAACAGGCAAUAUUAAACGGAAAUAUUGUGAAGGAAAGCACUGAAGCUCAUGGCACUAUACAGACAGAGAAAGUUGAUGAAGUUAUUAAAGAAUGGGAAGGUUCCUUCUUCAAAGAUAACCCUCGAUUAAGGAAAAAAUCUGUUUCCCUUCGAUUUGAUCUUCACUUAGCAGCCACCGAUGAAGGAUGUUUACAGACUAAGCAGGAUAACCUACCAGAUAUAGAAGUCAGGCUUAUCAUGAGAAGAUCGUGCAGUAUCCCCUCUAUCAAACCUCCAUCAGCUGCUGCUGAGUAACCCAAAGACAGUAUUUGACAUGAUUUGAAAAUGUCAUUAGGAUGGACCUAGGUGGGCCAUGCCGGGCCCCUCCAUUCCUAAAUGUAAAUUACUAAGUACAUAUGGAAAAGGUUAUUAUAGUCAAUGUGUGAUUCUCUUCAGGAAAAAACUAGUAAGAGACAAAGUUUCUCUGAAUCUAAUUAUGGAUCUAUUUUAUGGGGAGGAGGCGGCUUAAAAAUCAAAUUAGGAACUCAGUAUGGUUUCUAUUUUAUUUAUUCUCCAAAUAUUCUUUUUCUUUUUUCCUUGAAAUUUUAUCAAGACUGUAAGCAG